UGUCUUAACCUGACUCUAAGAUCAAGUCGAUUACUGAAAAGCGCGGUCCCUUUCUCGUCCACUGGAGCACAAAUUCUCUCUCUCUCUCUCUCUCUCUCUCUCUCUCUCUCUCUCUCUCUCUCUCGUUCAAAGGGUUUUACCCUCUCGCCCUCUCCCUCUUAAAGAAAAAGUCAGAGCGGAAAAUGAUGGGCGGCGUCAGUGGCGGCGGCGGAGGCGGAGGUAACAGAGCGGAGGCGGAACGGUGGUUAGUGACGGCGGAGAAGCUACUCGGCACCGGUGACCUUCACGGCGCUAGGAACUUCGCGAUCCGCGCGUGUGAGUCUGAUCCCCACCUCGCUGAGCCCGCCGAGUUAAUCCUCGCCGUCGCCGAAACUCUUGUCGCUGGAGAAUCUCGCGUCGGAGGCACCAACAUGCCCGACUGGUACGGCGUUCUACGGCUCGUCCGAUUCACUCAUAACCCCGAACUCGUCGGAACUCAGUACAGUAGACUCUCCAUGCUGCUUAACCCCAACCGGAAUCGGUUCCCGUACGCCGACCAGGCGUUCAGGCUUGUCUCUGAUGCGUGGUUUGUUCUGUCGGAUCCUUCGAGGAAGGCGUUGUACGAUCGGGAGCUGCAACUGAGUCACUUUGGCCAACUCGGUCAAUUAGGGUUUCAGCUUUUCAAUCAACCAGUGCAGCACCAGCACCAGCACCAGCACCAGCACCAGCAACCGCAAACGCAAACACAGACACAGGCACAGACGCAGACGCAGACGCAGACACAGACUCUGUCGUUUCAGGACCAGCAGUUGCCGUUUCAGCUUCAUUCACAGCCUCCGCCGCCGCAGUCGCAAUUUCAGCAGCAGCAGCAGCGCCAGCAGCUUCAGCAGCCGUCGCAGCAGUAUCUACAUGUAAGGCAAGAACAAACGGAGUCGAUUAGAAGUGGUUCUAGUGGUUCUAGUGGUAGUAGGAACUACAAACAACCAGUGAAGGAAGAUAAAUUACUGAAUUUGAACAAUGCAACCGAAAGGGCUCAACCAACUCAAUUCCCUGACUCGGACAAGCUAGGCUGGUCCAUCGGCUUGGCUCAUCAGAAUCGUUCGUCUGAGACAUUGUGGCCGCCUGACUCCACUCGGUCCUCAAAGCCAACGAGGCCGUCUGAGCCGAUGUGCCCGGUUGAGCCAAUGUGCUCGGUUGAGCCUAUGCGGCCCUCUGAGUCUAUGCGGCCAUCUAAAUCGUCACAUCUGUCUGAUUCGUUGUGGCCAGCAAAGUCAACCAGGUCUUCAGAGCCAAUACGGCCCUCUGAGCCAGUGAGACCAUUUGAGCUACCGAAGCCAACCGAGCCUCUGCUGCAUGCUGAGCCUAUGCUGACCUCUGAGCUUAUGCAGCCAUCUGAAUCUGUACAUUCGUCUGAGACAUUACGAUUAUCAAAGUCAACUCGGUUGUCUGAGCCAGUGAAGCUGUCUGAGCUUCUGCGCCCAUCUGAGCCCACAUGGCCAUCUGAGCCUAUGCAGCCAUCUGAAUCGGUACAUUCGUCUGAGCCAAUGUGGCCACCUAAGCAUUCUCGGUUGUCGGAACCAGCACAGGUGUCACAACCAGUACAGCCAUCUGAGCCAAUGCCGCCGUCUGAGCCUACCCAACUGGCUAAACCCAUACCCACGAGUGAGGUAACGCAGCUGCGUGAGCCUACUCAACCCAAUAAGUCUGUGAAGUCAUCCGAGCCAAAGGGCCCUUCUGAGCCACCUACUAGGACAUCUGAGCCAGUCAAGGCAUCAGAGUCAGCUCAGCCCUCGGAGCCGCCUCUCGUCUCUCGGCCUACUGGUCCCUCGCCACCACCUCCAGUCUCCCAUCCAACUCGUGUCUCGGAGAUACAUAUGGCUUCCGAGCAAACACUGCCACCGUCCAUACAAGCUAGGCCAAGUAGGGUUGCACAGUCUACUACUGCUUCUGAGCCCAAGGCACUGAGUUUCUGGACUACUUGUCCAUACUGUUUUGUGCUUUAUGAGUAUCCUGAUAUUUACGAGGAAUGCGUGCUCCGAUGCCAGGCUAAGAGCUGCCGGAGAUCUUUUCAGGCAGUUAAGCUUCCUUCUCCACCCCCACUUACUGAAGACGACCGUUAUUAUUGCUGUUGGGGUUUCUUCCCGAUAGGGUUCUCAAAGACGACUGAAACCUCUGAUGGGGUUUUGCCAAAACCGGUGCAAAGACAGUCUUCUCCGAGGGUAUAUUAUGACGAUGAUGAUGUUUACGUAGAAAUUUCUGAACCUAGUGAGGAGGACGAGGAUGACCAUGAUUGGCGGUGGAACGAGAAGAUGAAAAAGAAAGCAAAGAUAGGUCAGCCGAAAAAAUCACCUGCAAAACCUACUAAGAGGAAGCUUGGAAGACCUCGCAAAGUAAUUCAAAAUCCAUCGACUAGCGAAGCUAUUGGGCAAAACGGUGCAGAGUGUGUACCCAAGAGAAGGCCUGGGAGACCUAAGAAACAAGUUCAGAAUCCAUUAUCAUAUCAAGUUAGUGGAGACGGACAUGGUGGUGGAUCUGUGGGUCAGUGGGGAGGAGAGUAACAUUGAAGGAAUUGGCAUUUUGAGAAGCUUGAUGAGUUCUUUUGUAGUUUGCCGAUACUUUCAUCGGUGGCAGAUGAUAAGGUUAAAGGCUGCUGAUUGAAUCUAAUUGAUAAUAUCAGGAAUAAUGCUUGCCUAAAGGGGUUGAAGAUAUCAAAUGUUCAAGCUGUUGCAGGAUGCCAAACUAUCGCCCAGACGCUGUAUUGGUCUUGUGCGAGUAACAAAGUAUGUUCUCCUUUUGCUCCUUAUGAUGAAAAUUAUGGCUCUGAACCAUGUUAUAUUCGUGUUUUACGACUUUUUUUGCGAUGUUAGUGGUAGGUCAUAAUUGAAAGAUGGUUCUUUCUGGAUCAAAUGUUUUAUCGAGUUCUUAACUUUUCGUUGCUGUUUCUGUUUAUACGAGUCGAAAGUGCAGGUCUUUCUCAAACUGACAGAAGCGGCAGGAUGGAUGACCGUCUAUCGUUGCCUGCGGAAAACAGACUCGGCCUUUUUCCCCAUUCACUCUGUGCCUGAAACACAAUAACAAGUUUCUACGAUGGGUUGGAUUAAUACUCUGCAUCUUCUAUGUUUUCUUUUCUGAUUAUUUGCCUUGAUGACGAUUGUUCCUUACGACAUCUGGAUUCGUCAAGACGGCGAUCCAAUUCCAGAAGCUAUUUACGAUGUUUUUUGUUUUAGUUUGGUGCAGAGAUAAGAGCGCCUUUCGUCGCCUUUUUUGAGCUUCGAGUAUCGAAUCCAAUUUACUACAACACCAAACAUUUGGAACUCAUAACGGGGUUCGGAUUCAGGCUUUAGAAGGUGUUGAGAAGAACGGUAUGGAAGGAAAACUCGGUCUCGGAAAACCAGGAAGUUGAGGCAAACCAGGCCGCAUCGGAAGAUCGGAAAAGCUGUGGAAAACCAGGAAUCUUAGGCAAUCCAGGCCGCUCUGGGAGGAAACCCGGGACUUCCGGGAAUUUCGUCGCAGGAAUUUGCUGGAAAAGCUGUCUCGAUGCAAGAGCGGAACUGAUCAUGCACAAAAACGUAAGAGCCACCAAGAAGGAAGUAACUGAGAGAGGAUCUUGAAUGAAGCCAUUGUUGUUUUGUUGUCUCAUCUCAUGGAUCCAUGAGGUUUAUAUAUAGGAGAAGAGCUUGAAGGAAGUAACUGAGAGAGGAUCUUGAAUGAAGACAAUAAGAGGUUGUGCUAGAUUUGUCUCUGAUGGUUUUAGGGUUUGUCGCUUUGACUUUGAGAUUGAAUCUUUUGACCAAUUACAAGAAAUACUAAACUGUUAACCUUCA